AUGACGACCAGCGAGUCGGCGCCCGCGCAUAGUGGCGCUGCCGUUCCAGGCGAAAACCCGGAACGGCACACGCGCGCCCACACUCACGUGUCAGACAUUGGCGAUUCAAAGAAGACUGUGGCGUUUAAAGAGUUCAGGCGCUCGUGGCUGACACCGUUCUUCGGCGCCAACGAGCCGGAGCCGGAACUCUCGUGGGGCAGCGCACACCCCUGCAAGGUGUUUAGCCGGCACGUGCACGAGUGCUUGGAGCAGCACGACAACAACGUUGACUUCUGCCAGACGAAGUUGGCGCUGCUUCAGUCAUGUUUAGAUGAGUUCAAUAUUUAG